UUUAGGUAAUACAUUACUUUAGGAACCAUGAGCCUAUCCUUACUCUGUUUUUAUCUGCCGACAGGUAUGACGGACGGGGUCACUUGUUUGACCUUUCAGCAUUUGAUGCCAGCAAUGUUAGAGACACCGAUCAAACUCUCACUGAAGAUGAAGAACAUAUGGAGAAGUUGUGCGAUGAAGAGCGUUAUCUGGAGCUGCGUACAGAUAUGGCCGAGAAGACCAUGUAUGAAGAGGAGGAGUGGAAGCGUUACUACCUGUCCCUUUCUGAAGGUUACAAUGCGGUCGGCUUCAGCUAUGACUACGCUCAACAGAUGGCAGCUGAGCAACACCCACAGGUCAAAAUAGAAGCUGUGGAAGAUAAACCAUUUGUUGCUCCCGAGGAGUUGCAUGUUCCACCUGAAGUCGUUGUGCCUGAAACAGAAAAACAGAAUGCGAUCAUAGAGAAGACUGCCAAGUUUAUAGCAGAGCACGGAGCUCAGAUGGAAAUCAUUAUCAAAACAAAGCAGUCUAAUAAUUCACAAUUUGAGUUCAUGCAUUUUGAGAAUGUACUGAACCCUUAUUACAAGCACAUGGUGACGAUGAUCAAGUCUGGAAAGUAUCGACCCAAGGCUGAAGAGGUACAGGAGGACCAGGAUAGCAGCUAUGAGGAAGAACAACCAGAUGGGUACCUCCAUCCCAGCCUGAUGAUCCAGCGUGCCUCUCCCACCCCUGACCUCAAACCUAUUAAGAUGCCAGUAGUCAGCAUCCAUGACACUCCGUAUGGACAGCUCAUCAAGUCACUCAAACGUUCCAACAAACAGCAUGAGAAGGCCAAUGACAAUGCACCUGACCGACAAACUUGUGAAGAAGCGCCGUCCAUACAGCCACCUCCACUGCCUCCCUUUAUGUCUGCAUCAGAGUACAGCCCCUCCAAUUCGAGUUUGCCGCUCCCCCCAGGGCUUGAGCCUGUCACUCUCCCGUCCGCGCAGCAGCCCCAGCCCCCUCCCCCAGGGACGGAUGUGGGCGGAAACUUCUACCUCAGCCGGGACAGUCCGGCCAGUGAAGACAGUUCUUCAAGGGAAUCCUUUAGUAUACCUGGUGCUCCACAAAUCGUUCCACCCCCACCUGACCUUCAGCCUGUCAUAGACAGAAUGGCAAUGUAUGUUGCCAAAAAUGGGGUUGAGUUCGAAAUUGUUGUAAAAAGUAAAAACGAUCCCAGAUUUGCUUUUUUGGAGUCCUACCAUGUCCAUUACCCUUACUACAACUUCAAGAAAAAUAUUCAUAUCACAGAGACAGCCAAGGAGAAGAGACGCUUAGAAAAGGAACGACCUAAAGGGGUGAGCUUCAGCAUCAAAGGCAAGCCUCGCGAACAAGAGAGUACUUCACUGGAAAAAAGUCAGGUGUUUGACAAUGAUAGCAGUGAUGAAGAAA